AUGAAGUUCUCUACUCUCGCUUUGUUCGCUACCGCUGUUCUCGCUUCCGAGGAGUUCGACCUAAAGAUCGUCUCUGAGUUCAAGGACAUCAACGGCUUCGGCAUCUCUCCCGUUAGAGAGGGCGCUGGAAUCAACUACUUCCUCGUCACCAAGGAGUCCGGGCCAAAAUUCCUGUACCACGAGUCUGAGAAGCGACUUGUUCAACACGGUGGCCAGGUUGGCGUUGAAGCUGGUUUCCUCCAGGUUGGUGAGGCGGUUAAUCCUGCUGUUGCCACCUUCAACCACGAAGGUAUUCUCGAUGUUGGCCACCAACUCUGGGCCUGCAAGGGUCUCGACGACCCAGCCGGGGAGUUGAAGCACCACUAUGGCGUUGCCGCUAGCCACGAACCUCCAAACAAGUCGUGCCAUAAGAUUAAUCUCUCCAAGGGCGGAAAGGGGCACGAGCCAUCACAUGGAUGGAACAAGACGACCGUCACCGACCACAUCACAGUCACUGGCUACACCACCUACUGCCCUGAGCCUACCACCCUCACAGUGACCACAUGUGUUGAACACAAAUGCGGUCCUAAGCACAUUACUGUCGAGAAGCCAAAGACCAUCACCAUUACCGAGGAGUGUGUUGUGCCGGGGACCCCAGGUGCCACUCCGCCAGUCGAGACCCACCCACACACCAAACCCUCUUCAGUUGCUCAUGUGUCCUCCUUCGAGGGCGGAGCCGCUAAGCAGGUUGCCGGUGCUUUUGCUGGAGUUGCUGGGUUGAUUGCCAUGAUGAUCUAA